AAAUCUCAUAAUUUAUCUGACCACGCCAGGCAUGGCUGUGCCUAUCAAUCGCCAUUAUUGUCUCCCCUACUCAUUUAUCAUGCCAAUUCCUUUCGAUAAAUAUAUGAUUAUAUACCACGCAGGCCAUAUUUAUUCAAAUUCAUUUUUAUAUAAUAAAUAAUUAAAAAUUUUAAAUUCAUAAUCCCAUUCCGAUAACCGGAUAAGGAGCUGCGUUGGGCCGAGCUGAGACGAGACGAGACGAGAAGUUAAAGGUUGGUUAAUGGAAUAGUUGUCGCCGGACCACCGCUUCAGCGGUCAUUUAUGACAUUUACUUCUUUGCCACUUGGGUCUCGUGGAGAUACGCCGUCCUUGCGCUCUUCUUCCCUGCUGCUACUACUCCCACUACUCUACGCCCUAUGCGCUCUAUCCUCCUCAUCAAAGCUCAACCACCAAUGCCUGAUUCGCGCUAGGGUUAGGGCUCCUUUUUUCAAACUUCGCGAAUUUCGAAGACGAACGCGACGAGCUUCGUUUCCUCAAAUUUUGCCGGGUCCGUAGCUUGAAGAAAGUGUGUUUGUGAACUCUGUGUGGAAGGUGCUGCAUUGUUGUAAAUAGUGGGUGUUGAAAUAUGAAUUUUUGGGGGUUCUGAAAGUGCCUUACUUUGAAACAAUGGAUGGGCGAAGGCAUUCUGUUGAUAUCCCCAUCUCGAAAACCUUGGUAGCACUUAGGAGGGUGAGGUCACUUAGGGAUCCAUCAACUAAUUCCAUAAGCAAAUUUUCUGCUUUGGUUGACAAUUUGAAUUGGGACACCAACUCGAAUAAUGCUUUUGCUCUAGGAUUUGGAAACGGUUGGGAAGAAGACGGGAUUGCUAAUGAUCUUGUUUCAGGUUCAAAUGAUUUAGCCUUGAAUGGUCAAAGGGAGGGAAAUGUUGGUGAACACUUGCGUAAUGGUUUCACAAACCCCUAUUCUUUGCAUGAUAGAUCAACUUGGGUUGCCAACAUAGGGUCUGCGCCUGUAAGGACCAGAAAUGUUACUGAUUUGGGUCAUUGUGGGUCAAAUCAGGAAACCAUUUAUGAAAGCAAAUCAUUGAGGGAAAGAUAUUGCAAUCACCGUAGAGACAAAGAAUUGCACUUGACAUGCGCCACACCUUCCAGUGAUUGUCUGGAAGGGGUAGGUUCAUGCAAUGAACCAAUUGAAGGAUCGUUGCAGGCAAGAAGUUUAGGUCAUAAUGCAUCAAAUGGAAUAACCAGACAACAAAAGCAAGUUAGAUCAUCUAGAGCAGCAAUAGGUGAUAUUGUGAGUCAUGUUGGCAGCCCCUGCUUUUCUAUAACUGAUGCUUUGGAAGGCUCUAGUCAUGGCACAUCAUUGUUUGGAAAUGAAGAUGUUGAUGUUGUAGACCUUGAUCGCCAUGGAUGCAUAAUAAGCUGCUGUUGGUCAGGAACUCCGAGAUUUAAAGAAUCAAAUCUCCUUUCUAAUAUGGAAGGCCAACCACUGCUAUCAGGGGGAGGAGGUGAAAUGCUUCUAUCUGGAAAAAGGAAGAACUGGAAGCACACAAAUAGUGAAAAUGCUCCAAAUUUGGAGAGUCCCCAGAGUAUCAGUCAGAAGUUUAGGCCAAAAUCUUUCUGUGAAUUAGUGGGUCAAAAUGUAGUAGCAAGGUCUCUCCUGAUUUCCAUAUCAAAUGCAAGGAUAAGUUCCUUUUAUCUUUUUCACGGGCCCCGUGGGACAGGUAAGACUUCUGCCUCAAGGAUUUUUGCUGCAGCAUUGAACUGUCUCUCACUUGAGGAGAAUAGGCCCUGUGGGGUGUGCAGAGAAUGUAUUAUAUUCUUCUCUGGAAGAAGCCGAGAUGUCAAGGAAGUGGAUUCGGUGAGAAUCAACCUGAAGGAUAGGGUCAAAUCUCUUAUAAAGAAUGCUAGCAUCCCCACAAUCACCUCAAGAUUUAAGGUCUUUAUCAUUGAUGAGUGCCACUUAUUACAAGGAGAAACAUGGGAAACAGUUUUGAAUAACCUGGAAGACCUUCCUCGACAUGUUGUCUUUGUAAUGAAUACUCCUGACCUUGACAAGCUGCCACGACGUGCAGUGUCAUGGGCCCAAAAGUACCAUUUUCCGAAGGUAAAAGAAUCUGAUAUUGCAAACAGAUUAGUCAAAAUCUGUGUGGAAGAAGGAUUUGAGUUUGAGCAGGUUGCUUUAGAUUUCAUUGCUACAAAGUCUAAUGGUUCAGUUCGGGAUGCAGAAAUGACACUUGAGCAACUGAGUUUGCUUGGGAAAAGGAUAUCUAUGCAAUUGGUAUAUGAAAUGAUUGGAAUUGUUUCUGAUGAUGAGCUGCUAGACUUACUGGAUCUAGCUUUGUCAUCUGAUAGUUCAAGUACUGUUAAGAGGGCCAGGGAGCUAAUGAGAUCAAGGAUAGACCCUAUGCAACUGAUAUCUCAACUAGCAAAUGUCAUAAUGGACAUUCUUGCUGGAAAAUGUCAGGAAGGUUCUUCUGAAGUCAGACGAAAGUUUUUCAGCAGAUACACUUCUGAAGCAAGCCUGAAGCAACUGAAUCACGCACUAAAGAUACUUUCUGAAACUGAGAAACAAUUAAGGACAUCUAAAAGUCAGACAACAUGGCUUACUGUUGCUCUUUUACAGUUAAGUUCAUUAGGAAGUUCUUUCUUGGAGGCAAAUGAUCUGAUAUGUGAUCGAACAGUACACCCAAGAGAUGGUGAUUUUGGCAGUGGAUCAGCUACGAGUGAGAGCUUGAAGCAUCAAGUGACUUGUGCAUGUCAUGAUAAUGAAUCAAUUAAAUUGGGGUUCCAGGACACAAAAGAGACAUUAGAAUCCACAUGGAAGAGAGCUAUAGCAAUAUGCCAAUCCAACUCCCUUAAAAACUUCUUAAUGAAACAUGGAAAGUUGUCUUCUAUGUGUUUUGAUCGAGGUCUUGCAGUCAUUGAAUUGGAAUUUCAUCACUCCGACUAUGUAAACAAGGCUGAGAGAUCAUGGAAAUUAAUUGCCAAUGCACUUCAGUCUGUAUUGGGUUGUAAUGUAGAGAUAAGGAUCAAUCUCGUGCGCUGUGCUUCUCUGACAAAACAUACCAAAAUGAAGAAGCAAUCCUUCCUGCUGUUUUGUUGUUACGGCAGGUUGUGCCAAGUGCCACAAUCCACCACUGGACAUGGAAGUGACCCAUCGGAUAAUUCUGAUCUUACCGGUGAAAAAUCCAUUAUGAGAGACAAUAUUGAGAGUUGUUCCUCCAACUGGGGGUCUCAAUUCUCGAAUAAUUGCUGUCUGACAAAAGAAGUGGCCAGCACUCUAAGAAACAAAGAUGGAAAUGCGCUAAGCAUUGGAAUGACAAUGCCCCACGUGUUGCCACCAGAUAAUAUUCCCAGCCAUGCUUUAGCUGCUGAGUACUCAAAAGAAGAAAAAUACAACUGCAGAUGCCAGGCUAUAUCUGAGGUAGGGAAACAGCCAAGCUGUUUCUCCAGAGCCAUGAAACUUCGUAAAAAGGCACCAUCAUCAGAAACUUCUCGGAGUAACUGUGUAACGUUCCAACCAGAAUGCGGCCCAGUAUCUUCUAUACCUGGAACUGGAAAGCCUUCUACUGAUGAUUAUUUUUGUGCCAAUGGUCAUCAAAGUAAAUGCCCUGGAGCUGAGGAUGGCAGACCACGGGAGGACUUGAAGAUUCACUGUUGGAAAACCCCCUCAUUUCCCUUUAGGAAGGCUUUGCAUCCAAGCCAUCAGCAACAAAGAGGACACAUGUUAGACUGCGGUCUACCUUGUGCAGCUGCCAAAUAGUUGGAUGUAUUUCUAUGGAAACCUUGUGAUUAUAGCAUAGGGUACUUCAAAAAAAUCAUCUUCUUGCGCAUUAGAAAUUCAGCAGUAUUAUGUAGUUGCCUCUCAUUAUUUGUGAAUUUACUUUGUAUAGCUUACAGGGAUGAACCUCAAUGUCAUGAAACAUGCCCUUCUCAAGCAUCAAGAAGCAGGGCAGGCCCUUGAGGAAAUGUUAUUCAGAUUAUUAUUUUGAUUGUCAAAAACAAUUGUGUUUCUUGA